AGCUAUCACCAAACACUUCCUUCUCUUCUUCUUCAUCUUCUUCUUCUUCUUAUUUCGAAGUUAUAGACAGUUGUUGCUUCAAACUAUUCAAUGGCAGCCAUUAAUUUAACAUUGUGCUUGUCUUUGUUCCUUGUUAUUGUUGGAAUGGCCUCAGCUCAAUUGUCUUCAACUUACUACUCAUCAACCUGUUCUAAUGUCCUUACUACAAUCAAAACAGCAGUGAACUCUGCAGUAUCAAGUGAGGCUCGCAUGGGGGCAUCCUUGCUCCGUCUUCAUUUCCAUGAUUGCUUCGUUAAUGGGUGUGAUGCAUCGGUGCUGUUGGAUGACAAUUCGACCUUCACUGGAGAAAAGACAGCCACUCCAAAUGCCAAUUCGUUGAGAGGAUUCGAUGUGAUUGACACCAUUAAAUCCCAAGUAGAAAGCUCUUGCCCCGGUGUUGUUUCUUGCGCUGAUAUCUUAGCUGUCGCUGCGAGAGAUUCAGUUGUCGCUUUGGGUGGACCCAGUUGGACUGUUCAAUUAGGGAGAAGGGACUCAACCACUGCGAGUUUGAGUGCUGCUAACUCUAAUAUCCCUGGACCUACUUUGAACCUUUCUGCUCUUAUCACUGCCUUCUCAAACAAAGGUUUAUCUGCUAAUGAAAUGGUGGCUCUGUCAGGGUCUCACACAAUAGGCCAAGCAAGGUGUACAACCUUCCGAACCCGCAUCUAUAACGAAACCAACAUAAACACCCAAUUCGCCACUGCUCUGAAAGCAAACUGUCCCAGCACCGGCAGCGACAACAACCUCGCCCCUCUCGACACCACCAGUGCAACCUCUUUCGACAACGCUUACUACACAAAUUUGCAGAGCCAGAAGGGUCUUCUCCACUCUGACCAACAGCUCUUCAAUGGGGGUUCCACUGAUGCUCAAGUCAACACUUACAGUUCCAACUCUGCAACUUUCUUCACAGAUUUUGCAAAUGCGAUGGUGAAAAUGGGAAACAUUAGCCCCCUCACUGGGACGAGUGGGCAGAUUAGGACCAAUUGCAGGAAAGCCAACUGAGCAUUAAUUGGCACCAAACACUCCUGGACUACAUUUUUGUUGUUGCUUCUAUGUGAUUAUGUGGUUUAGAAAAUAAACGAAAUUAUUGUCUGGAGGGUAGUAAUCUUGUAGUUUGUUUGGGGAGUAGAGCCGUCUUGUAGUUUGAUUUGUCUCACCCAUGUUAUAUAAUAGUUCAGAGGAAUAUCAUUUGAUUUGAACUGGUUUAUUACUUCA